UGUGCGCGAAAGGCGGCGGAGGUGCUGCUGCAGUGGGGCGCAGUGCGCAUGCGCGGGGUCCGUAUUGUUGCAGGUUCAGAUAGCGGUGACUUUCUCCUCGACCUCAGAGAGAGACGGAGAGGCAGCGAGGCAGCGAGGCAGCGGGAGGCAGAGAAAGGCAGCGGGUCGUGGCUUCACUGCUGUGUUCAGUUUGUUCUUCAGGGACGACAAGAGCUGGUCAGCCCAGGUGGGCCCAGGGCCGCUGGGUGCUGAACUGACUCCUCCUGCUUCAGGAGCUCCAGCACUGAGAGAUGGGGGACUACUACCAGAUUCUGGGUGUUCAGCAGGACGCGUCUCCGGACGACAUAAAGAAAGCGUACAGAAAACAGGCCUUAAAAUGGCAUCCAGAUAAAAACCCAGAAAACAAAGAAGAAGCUGAGAGGAGAUUUAAGGAGAUCUCUGAAGCCUAUGAAGUUCUCUCAGACGAAAACAAGCGUAGCUUAUACAACAGAUACGGUAAAGAAGGCCUAACUGGAGGUGGAGGCAGAGGACAUUAUGACGACCACUUUGGCAGUGGAUUCACAUUCCGUAAUCCUGAAGAUGUCUUUAGGGAAUUCUUUGGAGGCAGAGACCCAUUUGCAGAAUUCUUCGGCAACGACCCGUUUGAUGAUUUCUUUGGCGGGGGCCGUCGGCACAGGGGCAUGAGGAGUCGCACCGCUGACUCGUUCUUCGGCGGUUUCGGAGGGUUCCCCUCAUUCGGCCACGGGUUCUCAGGCUUUGACUCAGGUUUCACCUCCUUCGGGCCAGUGGGUGGAGGAAGCUUCACCUCUUUCUCCUCGUCAUCAUUCGGAGGAGGGGGAGGAGGGGGAGGAGGGGGAGGAGGGGGCAACUUUCGCUCGGUCUCCACAUCCACCAAAUUCGUCAACGGCAGAAAGAUCACCACCAAACGCAUUGUGGAGAACGGUCAGGAGCGAGUGGAGGUUGAGGAAGAUGGGCAGCUGAAGUCCCUCACAGUCAAUGGUAAGGAGCAGCUCCUCCGACUGGAACACAAAUGAUCGCCUCCUGAUUCCACCUUCAAACAUCCCUACAGCAAACGUUCCUCUGCGGUAAAACCAAACCCAUUCCCAGCCUUCAGAGAGGGCAGAACGUGACCAAACACGCCCUCUCUCUCCUUCUCUCUCUCCACCAGGCCAGACUAGAGCAGGUCACGUCAUACAUGCAGGGAGUGGAUGCGAGCCAUUAAUUGGUGCCACUGCAUCCACAUCAGAGCGAGCUGUAUUGUUAGUUUUUACUUAGUUUCGUUUUUUCCAUUUUAUUUUUCAUUUUUUGGUUCGGGACCAUUACUUUCCUCAACUAGAGACCUCAGUAGGCAACUGUGGCAUUUUUUUCCUUUGUUCUGCUGUUGGAGUGGUUUUCUUUUUCUUUUUCUCUUCCUGCAAGUGCACAUUGCCUCAAACUCUCGGGCACGGUCGGCGGCACAUCUGAACUGCGCAUGCCAGCCUGCUCCUUAUGCUCUCACCUCGGAGGGAAUUAACUCGAAUUAAAAAGUCUCAACCUUUAACUCCCGUGUCUCUGUAAUAUAUGAAUAAUAUUUAAAGUGAACCUUGCCUUUCUAACUGGUGUUAGUAGCUACCAAGUACAUGCUGUUAGGUUGUUAAUAAAUUAAUAUUAUUAAUAUGCAUUGUUUGCUUUUUGUUUGUCUGUUUAUUUUUUUCCUCACACUUCUGCAUGAUUGCCAGUCAUGUGGCUUCUCAUGUAGUUUAUUGUGACUGUUGCACAACCUCCAACUCGGACCUGAGACAUUUAAAUGACAAACGGCUAUAUGUACAUAUAUAAAUAUAUAUGUGCAGUGGAUUUUUGUGUACUUUGUAAGAAAAAAAAAAAAAAGAGAAAAGGUUUCAGGUUCAAUAAAUCUCAUUUUCACCCCGUUUGGGGGAGUUGCA